GAGGCUAUUUUCAAAUUCUUCACAUCCUUCAUCUUCAUGACAAAAUUUUAAAAAGUUAGGGGAAAGGCAAAGCCUUUAAUUUUAUGACUAUUUUCGUUUGAAAUGUAUGAUCUUUAUGCAAUCUUCAAACAAGCACAUCCACCAUCUGUCAUCGAGCAUUGCUUGGUUUGUAACUUCUAUUCGUUUAACGAAAGAAAUCUCGUGGUUGCUGGCACAUCUUUGCUAAGGAUUUACCGAUUGGCAGUUGAUGAGGAUGAAGUGCAUCAGAAGUCAGAGGACACAGAAGGGGACACUUCCACAACAAAAAAGCUGGAAAUGGUUGGACAAUUUUCCCUUUUUGGUGCUGUGAAGUCUAUAAAAUCAGUGAAAUUGUCGAGAAAUGAUAGAGACUCGCUGCUUCUCAGUUUUGAUGAUGCCAAGCUUGCCAUUAUUGAGUAUGAUCCAUGUAUGCAUGAUCUGAAAACAACAUCCCUUCAUUAUUUUGAAGAAGAUGAACUUAAGGGAGGAAUGAAGUUUCAUUUUAAUGAUCCCACAGUUCGUGUUGAUCCUGCAAACCGUUGUGCGGCCAUGUGGAUUUAUAGUCAUUGGUUGGUGGUGUUGCCAUUUAAACAAGAUGGCAUUUAUGAUGAACACGAGCCAAAUCAAUCUGUGGGAAAUAAAGGUCAGGUGUUGCCUAGUUAUACUAUAAACAUGCGAGAGAUAAAUAUGCGAUUAAACAACGUCAUCGACAUUCAGUUCCUUCAUGGAUAUUUUGAGCCCACGUUGCUCAUAUUAUACGAACCUCUUAAGACUUGGCCAGGGCGACUUGCUGUUCGUCAAGAUACCUGUGCAAUGCUGGCGAUCUCGUUGAACCUUUCCGAAAAGGUCAAUCCUAUUAUUUGGUCAGUGGAACAUCUUCCUUUUGACUGCUGUCAAGUUUUACCAAUCCCAAAACCUAUUGGUGGAAUACUUCUCUUUGCUACAAACUCUUUGCUUUACCUCAAUCAAAGCGUUCCCGCCUAUGGCGUUUCUCUCAACUCGAUUGCAAAGAAAUCCUCCUCUUUUCCUUUAAGAGAGCAAGAGAAUAUUACAAUUACACUUGACGAUUCGUGUGGUAGCUUUAUAGCAAACGAUCGAGUUGUGAUCUCCUUGAAAGGCGGUGAAAUUUAUGUUUUGACUUUGAUAACAGACGGCAUUAAAAGUGUUCGUGGUUUUAACUUCGAUAAAGCCGCGUCAAGCGUACAGACAUCGUGCUUGUGUUAUUGUGAGGAAGGCUAUCUCUUUCUUGGCUCACGUCUUGGCAAUUCCCUUCUUUUAAGAUACACUCAAAAAGUUGACAAACGUUUUCCGAAUGGCGUAAAUCCCACCAAGCCAAACGAGGGUUUCCCUCCGCAUAUGAAACGAAGGAAGCUCGACUCCGAGUGCAUGCAUGGUUUGACUGAUGAAGUCGAUGAUCUCGAAGUUUACGGUGCUGAUACAAAGAGUGCAGAAGUAACGACCUAUACAUUUGAGGUUUGUGAUAGUUUAAUAAACAUUGGACCGUGUUCCUGCGUUGACAUGGGAGAGCCGGCGUUCCUCUCGGAGGAGUUUGCAGAAACGUCUUUUCCUGACAUGGAAAUCGUCACGUGUUCUGGUUAUGGAAAAAAUGGUGCUCUGUCUCUUCUUCAGAAAAGUAUUCGUCCACAAGUUGUCACCACCUUUGAGCUUCCUGGUUGUGUAGAUAUGUGGACGGUGACAUCUCAUGAACCGAAGGAAAAUGAGAAUGAAAGUGAUGAAGAUGAGUCUGUUAAUGAUGAUGGCUUCGCUAAUCAUUCAUUUCUUAUCUUAAGUCGUAAGGAUUCUAGUAUGGUUCUGCGCACGGAACAAGAAAUAAUGGAGCUAGAUCAUUCCGGUUUCUCCACGCAACAUCCCACCGUGUGUGCAGCAAAUCUUGGUGAAGGGAGAUACAUUCUGCAGGUGACCCCAAUGGGCGUGCGAUUAUUAGAUGGCAUAAAUCAAAUUCAGCAUAUUCCUAUGGAUGCCGAUUUUUCAUCGAUAAUUUGGUGUUCGGUCGCAGAUCCCUACACGGUCAUGAUGACCGCCGACGGAACUUUGAUGUUACUUACUUUUACAUGUGAAAAUUCUUCGCCCAAUUUAAUUGUGGCGAGAGUGAAAAUUGAUCAGUGGUCCAAGGUUUGUGCUUGUUGUGUUUACAAAGAUACGAGUGGAAUGUUUACCACAGAAAAAAUCGUUGAACCUGUUCAUCAUGUUCAGCAACAACCGAUUGUUACUCCAAAGGAUCCAAUUUUACCAUCAACUAACAUAAUGACUACAGACGAUGAAGAGGAAAUGUUGUAUGGAGAGUCCGAUAUAUCGAACGUCUUUACAGAUACGUCUUCAUUUCAGGCUGAAACGAGCUUUUCAGUGCCAUCUACGAGGACAGACAUCAAACCAUCCUUCUGGUGUGUUGUAUGUCGCCAAAAUGGAGCGUUGGAGAUUUAUUCCGUGCCCGAGUUCAAACUGGUGUUUUGUGUGAGAAAUUUUGCUUUUGCGCCUAAAGUUCUCGUGGACAGCGGAAGUAUUGGAUCAACUGGGAGCUCUCAAAGUCAGGAAGAAAAUCUUUUAGUAAAGGAGAUUUUGUUGACGGGAUUACCGGACAAGAACCCGAAACCCUUGCUUGCUGCACUAGUUGACCACGAUUUGAUGCUUUACGAAGCGUUUAGUUACAACGACUCAUCUACUGAAGGCCAUCUCAAUAUUCGAUUUAAAAAGAUGCAACACAAUGUACUGGUGAGGGAGAAAAAAAGCAAAACGAAGACAAAAGAGACCACUUCAGAAGAUGAUGUGAAAGAGAUGGCAGAGCCGAUGGUUGGAAGGUUGAGGCCAUUUCAUGAUAUUUCAACAUAUUCUGGAAUCUUUGUUUGUGGUGCAAAUCCUUUUUGGUUGUUCAAAUCUUCCCGUAAUGCACUUCGCUCUCAUCCAAUGACCAUUGACGGUGCGGUGUCGUCAUUUGUACCGUUUCGUAACGUUAACUGUCCCAAGGGGUUUUUAUAUUUCAAUAAAGAGGGUGAACUCCGUGUAUCCGUGUUACCAACUCAUCUCAGUUACGAUGCACCUUGGCCCGUUCGCAAGGUUCCACUUCGUUGUACACCUCAUUUUAUUGCCUACAAUAGAGAGAGCAAGACGCACGCUGUAGUCACGAGUCAAGCGGAUCCAGUAAAAGUCAUUGCAAGAUUAGGAAUUGAAGAUCGCGAAUUCAUUCCUACUCCAGACGAUCCUAGAUACGUUUAUCCUUUGUUGGAUAAGUUUUCUGUCCAGUUAGUGUCGCCGUUCACUUGGGAGAUAAUACCCAACACGAGGUUUGAGUUGGACGAUUAUGAACGCGUGACAACAAUGAAGAAUGUGAUUUUGAGAAGUGAAGAAACACAUUCAGGAAUGAAAGGAUUUAUUGUUCUAGGCACAACGUAUGUUUACGGUGAAGAUCUUCCUUGUAAAGGACGGAUUUUGAUAUUUGAUAUAAUUGAGGUUGUUCCUGAACCAGGCCAACCGUUAACAAAGAACAAAUUCAAGGUAAAUGAAACGGUUUUCGGAAAAUGAUUUUGUGCAUAAAUUUCACGU